UGAGGAUGUCUUAACAUGAGGAAGCACAUAAAAUCGAUCGGAACUCGGUGCCUUCUCCUUUUGAGACAGAAAGCCGAAGAUCCAGAAGGAAACGGCAGAGAACGGAGAAGAACCCGUCGCAACGCUUGCGCGCCAAAGGUUGCGUCGACGGCUUCGACGCUCCCUCCUCUUCGUGGAGUUCGUUCGAUGCCGUUUUUCGACCGCAGUUCGGAUCUAGCUUGGCGUUCGGAGGUGUUCUUCUUGCGGGCAUUCGCGUUCGUGACAUGUGUUUAUGUUUUUAUUGACGUACAUUACGUAAUUGCUCCUGAGGAGCGCGUGAUUUACAAAGUUUAUUUAUCUCUUGUGUUUUGGUGCAUUUUGUUUGGUUGUCACACCAUUAUCAGUGGUUUUGUUUUGUUUGCGUUAUUAUUAUUUUUUUUUUGGAUUUUCAUCGGACCGCAUAGGCCUACUACGUCUCGAGAUAUUGGAUUCCGUUCUUCAUUUUUUGAAUGUGACAACAGAUGGAGAAAUUUAAGAGGCACGGAUGAUGUCCAGCGUUCAAUAGAGCUGUUAGAUCGAGUGCUCUCCGAGUUCGACGAUGUGGAAAAUGCGAAUCAAGUGCAAAAUAUCCAACAAUUGACCAGUUCAGCAUCCACUCCUCAGCUUCGCCAACUCAGCCAGAACUCGACAGGUAGCAACGUGUCGUCCAGCACGCCAGAAGACGAAAGUCCAUCUUUGGGCCAUCAGUCCGAGGACGAUGGCUACAUGAGCAUGAACGGAAGAAAACCGAAGUUCAAUCUGGCGUUCAAACCCCUGCCGGAAAUACCCGUCCCCCACGAGACUGCCUGCCUCUCGCCCAUCCAUCCACCUGCCGAUGAUGACUUUCCACCGCCCCCUGAGGAAGCCCAGAGGCUCAUCGCUACUCUUCUACCUAAGGUUUCGCCAGUACACCGACCAAAAACCAACAACUCGAAGAACAGAUCAUUCCCCCUUACUCAACUUCCAUCCAGAAUUGAAACCAUUCCGCCACCACAGAAAUUCCAGAACAACAGCGAAAGUCCCAGUUUGGUUAAUGGACUGCCUGACCCGAUUCAUAGUGCUACGCAAACAACACUGCCAAAAACCCGUCAUCAACGUCCAUACGGCUGGGAGAACAACGACUUCACUCUCAACCCACCGCCCCCACCUCCAGGGUAUAGGUUUGGUAGUCUACCCUUCCAACACGUAGGAUAUCCCAUCACCUCGCCCACUAGAGUACCACCAAGAACCGUACCAACAGUCCUGGAAAGGCACAGAGAGGUGAAACGAAGAAUAAGUGACGAUAACCUAUCCAGCGAUCUGGACGAACCAGGUCUACGACCACUCAGCGAGCUCGCAGACGAUGAACAUUUCUCGGAUGACUCUCUGGAGGAAAUGCUUCCCCCGCCACCACCCGACUGCAACAAACGGGCCAGCAUAGCUUGGGAAGUUCCCCUAGACGACGAAUCACUGUUGACGCCCGGAAGUACAAAAGUAAUCGGCCGAAGAAGGAAGAAAUCAGGAUCAUUUUCAAGCACCAGCUCUAUACCGAACAAAAUCAAGGAACUGGACGACUGGCCCGAUCCACCGCCUUGCACAACAGAAGACGAGGUUACGUCACCCUUCUCCGAUUCAGACGACCAUGUCAACCUUCCCUCAGAGCUGAACAACCUGAAUAUAUCCGGCACUAGUACCUACAUAGUGCGGAAGAACAAGAAAGACAGAAAAGCACUUCUCAACCAGAGCAGCGCAGUUACCUCCAACUCCUCCUUGAACUCCAGAUUGAGUUCCGACCUUAGCAUACCCGUAUCCAGAUUCAGCGGCGAUCUGAAUUCUUGCUUCAGCCGAGAAUUGAACACGCCCACAUCUAGGUAUAGCGUGGAUUUGAGCAAUCCACAAUCCCGCCUUAGUCAAGAGCUCAACUCUCCCAAGUCUAGAUACAGUUUAGACUUGAAUAACUCGAGACGAUUGAGCCAGGAAUUGAGCAGUUCCCCUUCUAGACUAUCAGCUGACUUAUCCAGCUCUAGAUCGAGCACCCCCCGUAGCAAGCAAGGCAAUGAGUUCCGAAAACACAGCACCACCUUCGAUAAUAUCAAAUCGUUGAUAAGAGAAGGCAGUAUUGAUAGUUAUAACGCGCCACCUGUUGAAUGUGCUAACGAGUUCAACCCUGCAGCAUCUCCGAUUGUUCGUGUUGUGUCCCUACCCUCGCUCAAUGCUGAAGAUUCCCCGCCGCGAAGAGAAUUAGGCGUUACAGUGGAGGAGGAGGAAGAUGCCGAGAGUUCCCAACAGAGCGCGGAGAUUUCUCCUCUUCGAAAAAUUGAACAGAAUAUUACCGAAUUGUUGGAGAGACGUGAUAUCGAAAUAGUACAGAACGACAAGUUCAUUUUGAACGGUGUCGACUCCAUCCUCCAUCACAAACAAAGGGCGAAGAGAAAAGCUCCUGCUAAAAAUGCCAGGGAUAGCAAGAAUGACGAUAGACAGCAAAAGAUGAACGAUCUUAUGAAGUCGAGUAGCCAUAAUGAGAUACAGAGAGAUGAGGAGUAUUACAGACAAUUGUUGAUAGAGGGAGGAUCUCCUUUCCCUAGAAGGAGCGGGAUACAGAAGUCGGAGAGCGCGAAGGAGAUGCUGAUUGCUCAUAGGGAAAGAGAGCUGAAACCGAUGCCCACCUCGACCUCGGCUGAUUUUCCAGUGCGAGUGGAAGUGAUGCAGCAUGAGUUUCCUCCCUUACCACCGUCUCCAGUGGAGGAAGAUGAAGAUGAGUAUUCCGAGAUUGUCCAAAAACACAGUCCAGACUCUUUGCCAAACGGAAAAGAGCCACCUAAAGUGCCUCCUCAUAGAGAUCAAAUUUCGAAUAGCUUAAAAACAAGGUCGAUGGACGCGAACUACAAUAGGGGUAGGAGGGGGUUCUUCAGUUCCUCCAACAGAAAUAUACCGAGCGAACGUCGUACCUUACCAACCGAACUGCAGGAUUCUAAGCGGCGGUUCUUCCAGAAGAGGUCGUCUCAGAGCCCCCAGGAGGAGAUGCAUCUGCAGACCUCCUGCAGCUUGCCGGAAACGCCUAUUUUCGCUAGAGGUUGUGAUAUUCCCCGCACACCCCAUAGACGUGCUCCAGAUAUACCUAGCAGGAAUACAGCACCAAGACAAAGUAGCACACUAGGAAGUCUGAACACAAUUGGUAACCUGUCCUCUGGAGGUCUCUCAACUAGUGGAUACAGAAGAGGGAAUUCCACAGGUUUUGAACAGGCUGUUGUUGGUACAGAGUUGCUGCGAUUGGCUGGAGGUCCUGGUAGAGGUUGGUACCCAAAGCAGAGAAACCGAAGGCCUGUUUCCAUCGAACAUUUGGACAGGAUGGCUCCUGGACAUAACCCUUGGGAAUCGAACAGAAAGCCUCUUACUCUUCCUCCAAAUCUAACCCCAAAGUUCUUCCAAAGAUCCCCUAGAGACGCUUUAAGACGUGUUACUAGUCUGCUUAUAAGGAAAGGCAAUGGCAAGGAAUCUAAAAAGGAGAAGGAAUCGGUUUCUCCAACAAUACAUGAAAAUGCAAAUGGUGAAGAGGGCCAAAAGAAGAAAGGAUUCUUCAAGAACCUCUGGAAGAAAUCCCGUCAUUAUUCACUAGAGCAGCAAUAAAUAGACCACCUUCGAAGAUAGAUUAAUUUUUGUGUACAUUUUAUAUAACAAUUCUAACCUAAUAGUACUAAAAUUUGUAUGUUAACACAGCACUUCACAGACUCUAAUGAGAUAUGUAGAUAUUUUAAUUACCCCAUUCGUUAUUUUGUAAACACGCAACCGAUCUUACGUUGAAUUUUCUAUUGAUAUAUCGUUUGUAAAAUUGUACAUUUUUAUUUAUGUCUCAAUUUUCUAUAUGUGUGUUUAUGAUUCAAUAAAUUGUAUUGGAUAAA